AUGGAUUUACGAGUCGGUGGUAAAUGGAAGCUAGGACGAAAAGUUGGAAGUGGCAGUUUCGGAGAGAUUUAUCAAGGAACAAAUAUUCAAAGCGGAGAGAAAGUUGCUAUCAAGUUGGAAUCUGUCAAAACACGACAUCCACAAUUAUUAUACGAGUCUAGAUUAUACAAAUUAUUGAACCUAGGUGGACCCGCUGUUGGAAUACCAAGUGUCAAAUGGUACGGUGUCGAGGGCGACUACAAUGUCAUGGUUAUUGAUCUUCUCGGACCAAGCUUGGAAGAUUUAUUCAAUUUUUGUGGACGAAAAUUCUCUUUAAAAACGGUAUUAAUGUUAGCGGAUCAAAUGAUUUCAAGAGUAGAGUUUCUUCAUUCCAAGAAUUUCAUUCAUCGAGACAACUAUGGACUUGCCAAGAAAUACAGAGACAGCAAAACUCACGCUCAUAUUCCAUUCAAAGAUAAUAAGAGUUUGACAGGUACAGCACGAUAUGCAUCCAUAAAUGCGCAUCUAGGUAUUGAACAAUCACGAAGAGACGAUUUAGAGAGUUUAGGUUACGUUUUCAUGUACUUUUUGAGAGGAAGUUUACCAUGGCAAGGUUUAAAAGCUCAAUCCAAACAACAAAAAUAUGAUCUGAUUAGCGAAAAGAAAAUGUCAACAACGGUAGAAGCCCUCUGUAAAGGAUAUGCACCUGAAUUUUCAACGUAUUUGAAAUAUGUGAGGUCGUUACGAUUUGAAGAUAAGCCAGAUUAUGCCUAUCUUCGAAAAUUAUUUAGAGAUUUAUUCACUCGUGAGGGCUAUCAGAUGGAUUAUGUAUUUGAUUGGACCAUCAAGCGAAUUAACAAUAUGCCCAUAAGUACAAAUGCACAAUCAUGGCUCGAAGAACAACAGCAACAAAUGGAAAAUCAAAAAGUCUCUUUAUCACAGCAAAAUAGUUCCAACGCUCUGCUUUCACAACAAGAACAACAUUUUCUCCCACAAACAAACAGUUCCAACAAUAUUGCCUUACCUGAGACACACAAGUUGGGAACGCAUACAAACUCCUAUACCAAAUCUUCUAACUUUGCAGAUCAUCAUCAAUCAUCAGCUCAGUCUCCUCAACAACCAGCUGUGACUGUAAGGUCGUCACGAAAUGUCUCCUAUGCACCAGCAGUGUCAAGAGGUUAUUUAUCGGGUGGUAGAAAUUUAGGGACAGCUGGAACGGCCAAUGCUACAGGGUACGUACGAGACGUCUCAAAUAGCAAUGGAUAUAGCAGCAACGCCACAACAGGUUUUAGGUCAAGCACCAAUCUCUCAUCCUCUACCAAGUAUCUAACCACAACAACGACAGCAUCCUCACAACUUCGAAGAAAACAAUAA